UUUUAAAUUGUGCGAUCGACUCUCGAGGUUGCUUUUUAAAAAAGCUCUAGGGAAAAAUUUAAUUGAUUGAAACUUUUUAUUUCUGUAAACAGGCUAAAAUGUCAUCAUUUGAUUUAAAAAAUCUUAAUGAUUGCUUGGAGAAGUAUCUGCCAACUGAUAAGCUAAAAGAGGUCAAACGAAUUUUGUAUGGUCUCGAAGAAGACCAAUUACUUGAUCUGCCCGAUAGUGCAACAGACAUAGCACAGAAGCAUGGAUUUGAAAUUAAAGGCUAUCGGUUUACGGCGCGAAGGGAGCAAAUACGCAAGCCACGGGUGGUGCGUGUCGGCGCUAUACAGAAUUCAAUAGUGUUGCCCACCACAGCACCCAUUGAAGACCAACGCGUGGCGAUCUGGAACAAGGUGAAGAUUAUGAUCAAAGCAGCAGCAGCGGCUGGAUGUAAUAUUGUGUGUACUCAAGAAGCGUGGACAAUGCCCUUUGCAUUCUGCACACGGGAAAAAUUUCCCUGGUGUGAAUUCGCCGAAGAGGCUGAGCAUGGCCCCACGACAAAGAUGCUCGCUGACCUGGCUAAGUCCUUCAAUAUGGUAAUUAUUCACUCAAUCCUGGAACGAGACAUAGAACAUGGUGAGACCAUUUGGAAUACGGCCGUAGUUAUCUCGAACAACGGUCGAUACUUAGGCAAGCAUCGUAAGAACCACAUUCCCAGAGUGGGAGACUUCAAUGAGUCGACCUACUACAUGGAAGGUAAUACUUUUCAUCCGGUGUUCGAAACCGAGUUCGGAAAGCUAGCUAUCAACAUCUGUUAUGGUCGCCAUCAUCCACAGAAUUGGAUGAUGUUCGGUUUAAAUGGCGCAGAGAUUGUGUUUAAUCCCUCUGCCACAAUUGGUAGACUUUCGGAGCCACUGUGGAGCAUCGAGGCACGGAAUGCCGCCAUUGCAAAUAGUUAUUUUACGGUUCCUAUCAACCGCAUCGGCACGGAAAAGUUUCCCAACGAGUACACGUCGGGAGACGGCAGCACAGCACACAAAGAGUUCGGUCCCUUUUACGGUUCAUCGUAUGUUGCUGCGCCGGACGGCUCCAGAACACCGAGUUUAUCGCGAGACAAAGAUGGCUUGCUGGUGACUGAGCUUGAUCUGAACCUGUGCCGUCAGAUUAAAGACUACUGGGGCUUCCGAAUGACUCAACGUCUUUCUCUUUACGCAGAAUCAUUUCAAAGAGCAUCGGAGUCGAACUUUAAGCCUCAAAUUAUUAAAGAGUCUUUACAAACAAAAGAUUAAAGCGACUACAUACAGUCCACAAUUUAAACGAGAAGGAACGUGCGAGUCGCUUCUGGGGACGCGACUCUACUUAUACCCGUACUCAGUCAGCAUGUACAUU